AUGCCUUACGUGAUGACCAAUGGAAUCGAAUUAAAGAUAUCUUACCCGGGAGGAAAGCAUCUGUUGGUAUACAGAGCUGGUAUAGCUUGGAGGGAUUUACCUAAGCGUUUUGGAGAUUUCCGAGUGAUUCACCUACGUCAUUCAAGAUGGAGCAAGAAGGAUGCUGAUAACGAGUAUUCGAUGAUUGAUUCAACGAUUGUUAGGGCUCAUCAAUAUAGCGCUGGUGCUAAAAAAAAGAGUUGCCUGAUAACCAAGCCAUUGGUCGGAGCAAAGGAGGAUUAA